GGGCCGGGGCAGCCAAGCCAAUGCGAUGGCCGGGGCGGAGUCGGGCGCUCUAUAAGUUGUCGAUAGGCGGGCACUCCGCCCUAGUUUCUAAGGAUCAUGUCUGCGAGCCAGGAUUCCCGAUCCAGAGACAAUGGCCCCGAUGGGAUGGAGCCCGAAGGCGUCAUCGAGAGUAACUGGAAUGAGAUUGUUGACAGCUUUGAUGACAUGAACCUCUCAGAGUCCCUUCUCCGUGGCAUCUACGCCUAUGGUUUUGAGAAGCCGUCUGCCAUCCAGCAGCGAGCCAUUCUACCUUGUAUCAAGGGUUAUGAUGUGAUCGCUCAAGCCCAAUCUGGGACUGGGAAAACGGCCACAUUUGCCAUAUCGAUUCUGCAGCAGAUCGAAUUAGAUCUAAAAGCCACCCAGGCCUUGGUCCUGGCACCCACUCGAGAAUUGGCUCAGCAGAUACAGAAGGUGGUCAUGGCACUAGGAGACUACAUGGGUGCCUCCUGUCAUGCCUGUAUUGGGGGCACCAACGUGCGUGCUGAGGUGCAGAAACUGCAGAUGGAAGCCCCCCACAUAAUCGUGGGGACCCCUGGCCGAGUGUUUGAUAUGCUUAACCGGAGAUACCUGUCUCCCAAAUACAUCAAGAUGUUUGUACUGGACGAAGCUGACGAAAUGUUAAGCCGUGGGUUCAAGGACCAGAUCUAUGACAUAUUCCAAAAGCUCAACAGCAACACCCAGGUAGUUUUGCUGUCAGCUACAAUGCCUUCUGAUGUGCUUGAGGUGACCAAGAAGUUCAUGAGGGACCCCAUUCGGAUUCUUGUCAAGAAGGAAGAGUUGACCCUGGAGGGUAUCCGCCAAUUCUACAUCAACGUGGAACGAGAGGAGUGGAAGCUGGACACACUAUGUGACUUGUAUGAAACCCUGACCAUCACCCAGGCAGUCAUCUUCAUCAACACCCGGAGGAAGGUGGACUGGCUCACCGAGAAGAUGCAUGCUCGAGAUUUCACUGUCUCUGCCAUGCAUGGAGAUAUGGACCAAAAGGAACGAGAUGUGAUCAUGAGGGAGUUUCGUUCUGGCUCUAGCAGAGUUUUGAUUACCACUGACCUGCUGGCCAGAGGCAUUGAUGUGCAGCAGGUUUCUUUAGUCAUCAACUAUGACCUUCCCACCAACAGGGAAAACUAUAUCCACAGAAUCGGUCGAGGUGGACGGUUUGGCCGUAAAGGUGUGGCUAUUAACAUGGUGACAGAAGAAGACAAGAGGACUCUUCGAGACAUCGAGACCUUCUAUAACACCUCCAUUGAGGAAAUGCCCCUCAAUGUUGCUGACCUCAUCUGAGGGGUUGUCCUGCCACCCAGCCCCAGCCAGGGCUCAAUCUCGGGGGGCUGAGGAGCAGCAGGAGGGGGGAGGGAAGGGAGCCAAGGGAUGGACAUCUUGUCAUUUUUUUUCUUUGAAUAAAUGUCACUUUUUGAGGCAAAAGAAGGAACCGUGAACAUUUUAGACACCCUUUUCUUUGGGGUAGGCUCUUGCCCCAGGCGCCGGCUCUUCUCCCAAAAAAACACUAAUCCAUUUCCCUAACCUAGUAACCUCCAGAUCCCAGAGGCUCUCCUCACCUCAGCUGAGCUCCUUUGAAAGUGAUUCAGGGGACUAUGUCACUCAGCCUCAUUUGCUGGACCAAAUCUGGAGGGAGAACCCCUAAAACCCCUGAGUGAGGUUGCCCAGGGGGUUGUCCCCAGGUGGGGGGAAGCAGGGGAGAGAAAAUGGUAGCCAUUUUUACAUUGUUUUGUAUAGUAUUUAUUGAUUCAGGAAACAAACACAAAAUUCUGAAUAAAAUGACUUGGAAACUGCC